AUGUAUAUGCAUUCAUGAAUACACUAGUGUUGAAGGCUGUGCACUGAUUGAACGUGCAAUACUUGCUUGUGGACUUUUGUGAAGAGGCGCGAGAGUCACUGAGAUGGCACCUACAGAGCCAGAGGCGCCACUUGAGGCGCCGCUUUUGAACGAAGCGGAAAAUGCGGAGCCCCCCAUGCCGAAGGGUUUUUGGAAACGUGAACUGCGUGCCAUCUUUGCGCUUGCGGCUCCCUGCAUCGUGACAACGUGCAGUAGCCAGACCAUGGUGGUGACGGACCAGGUGUUCGUGGGCCACCUGGGCGUCAGCGAGCUGGCGGCGGCGGCGCUGGGCAACACGUACUUCAACCUGUUGUGGUUCUUCCUGUUGGGCUGCUCCACAGCCCUGGACACCCUGGGCAGCCAGGCCUUUGGCGCCAACGACUACAGCAGCCUGCUGACGUGGACCUACGCCUCGCUGGUGGUGCUGAGCGGCCUUUGCGGAGUCAUGGCGGUGGGCCUGUGGUACGGCCGCGAGGUGGCGGUGCACCUGUUCUUCCAGGAGCCGGCGGUGGCGGAGCUGGUCGGGCAGUUCUGCCGCUGGCUCAUCCCGGGGCUGUGGCCCAUGAUGUGGAGUGUGGUGGCGAUGAAGUUCAUGCAGACCCAGAACGUGAUGCUGCCCCCCGCCAUUGUGGCCGCGGGCACCUGCGCCUUCAACGUCGCCUCCAACGCGCUGUUCAUCCACUACCUGGGCUUCAAGGGCGCGCCAAUGGCCACCAGCUUCUCGCGCUUCGUGCAGUUCUUCGUGUACGUGGGUGUGGUGGUGGCGCUGCAGCACCGGCACCACCCGGGCGGCUGGGGCCGCUGGCUGGCGCGCAGCCGGCGCUGCUGGGGCAAGGCGCUCAGCCCGCGCAUCCUGGGCGCCUUCCUGUCGCUGGGCAUCCCGGGCGGCUGCAUGUUGGCCCUGGAGGCUGGGUCGUUCGACAUCACCACCGCCUUCGCCGGAGCCCUGGGGCAGGUGGAGGUGUCGGCCCACUCCACGCUGUUGGGCGUGUGCACAUACACCUUCAUCAGCUUUCCCUUCGCGGUGGCCACGGCGGCCACCAUUCGUGUGGGCAACCUGCUGGGCGCGGGCCGUGCGAAGCAGGCGGCGCUGGCGGGCAUGCUGUGUGUGGUGAGCGGCACGCUGUUCCAGGGCACGUGCGGCCUGAUCAUGUUCGCGGCGCGCCACUCGCUGGGCUACCUCUUCACCAACGACCCAGAGGUGGCGGGUCUGGUGGCGCGCAUUGCCAUCUUCGGCGUGGCUUUCCAGUUCUUUGACGGCGCCUUCGGCACCAGCCAGGGCGUCCUCCGCGGCAUGGGCCGGCAGCACCAGCUCAUGGCCUUCAACCUCAUCGGCUUCUGGGGAAGCGGCGUGGCGUUCGGGUGGUGGCUCACAUUCAGGACGUCGCUCGGUCUCAAGGGCCUGUGGAUUGGCAUUGACACGGGCGACUUCGUGGCUGCGGCGCUGUGCGUGCUGACGUGGCUGCUGGUCAACUGGAAGAAGGAGGUCCGCAAGGCGCUGGACCGCAUGGCAGUGUCGCACGACCACGAGGCCGAGCUGGGCCACGUGGAGGGCGAGCCGGACGACUGGCACGACUUCCUGGUGCCGGUCAAGCACCAUGCCGGCGGCGGCCCCCUGGCCGCCGGCAACCCCAACGACACCGACACCGGCAACGGCCACGGCAUUGCCGGCGACGACAGCGCGGCGCCGCACCCGCACCACCCCUCCUCCGCGGCGGUGGCCAUCGGCGGCGGCGGCGGCGUUGACCCCGCCAAGGACCCCGCCAACGACCCCUACUCGGAGGCAUUGCUGGCUCAGGGCGCGGGCCGCAACCCCUACGGCUCGCCGAGGUUCGGCGCCUCGCCCCGGUUCCGUGGCGCGUAGCGGCCAGAGGGCAACUGGUGUGGGGACGACCAGGUAGGGGUGCUGGUUAUCGAAGCGCGCGGGGUACUGCGAGCGCUGGUUGGUGCGGUCGGUCGAGAGGAGUUGCAGGAAGAGGCGUGGGUCGUGCCUCGCAGGCAGAGGAAGAGGGAGAGGUCACUGGGUACCCAGUAGAGGUGCACGUGAUGUUGCAGGUUGUGUUGCACAUGUAACUACCUUCCGCCGGAGCAACAUGUCAGCCCCAGGGUUGCAACGGCGCGCUGCGGGCCUCCGUGCAUGCGCGGUCCGUGCGUAGUUGAUGAGGCGGUGAUGUGUGACUGUGUUUGGGAGUUCCGUGGCUGUGCUGCUAGCUGACAUAUGCGCGGAAGCUGGCGUGUUCGGUGCUGCUGGUGCGAUCCGCGGUGCGUGUAUCCGUGUAUGUUUAUUUCGGGUUCAUGUCUUAUCGGGCUUAUGCCCUGUCCCAUCACAACCAGCACGCAGUCUCAGUGCGUGGCGGGCGGGGUUGGGGUCGCUGGAGCAGGGGGGCGGGGUAGAAAGCUCAAUUUCUUACCCCCAUGCUCAAUAUUACAGAGCUUUAGGAGAGCAUUAUGCACGUACUUUUAGUUUUUUAAGGGGGUGUCUGGUAAGGAAGUUCUGGGCCGCCAAAGUUGGGGGGUCGGUCCUCGUCCCUAGGGGUCCGUUGGGUUUCGGGAGCCCAUCCUGGCGGAUUUCGGGAAGCGCCCCACAAGCAGGUCUAGGGGCCAAACGCAGCAGUACGAGGCUCAUAUGUGCACGUUAUGACGUAAUAAGCACAAAUAAAGCGUGGGAGGGCUAAGUUGCGCGUCCGGGCGUGGACAUGUCGGGACAUGUCUCCACAUUCAACACAUGCGCACUGACACAGCUGGGCUCUGAAGCGCUGGUGCGCACGAGUUCACGUCGAACAAGGCUGCCGAUGCACAUUGUCCAUUCGUCACGCGGCAGAGAGUUGAGCGCGGGGUGGUCUGGGUCAAGGGGAUUCCCAUGGAUAGGAUCCCGCCGGUGACCGAAGUCUCAGAACAGGACAGCUGAUGGCACGGAGUGAUAGUGCUCGUCAAGAGGAGUCGAUUGACACCACUUUGGUAUA